UUUUUUUCUUCUGCUUAGUGUUCCUUUCUGUUGGGGGAGGGGUUCAGACAGAGUCUUCCAACAUGCGAGUCUAAACUAAACCCAUUUUCACAAACACCACACUCCAAUUCAUGAAAGUCGUCACUCCCAUUUCCCGCCAAUUCUCAACUGUCAAACAACAACUACAAGCCUUGACAUCAUCGAUCAGAAAAGCCGAACCUGUCCCUCGGGACCCAUCUCUUGCAGCUCAAGUGUUUGGUAAAAUAUUGGACCAAGACCCAGAUAUAAAAACGUUGAAGGAACUCCAUGCAAGCAUCGCUGUCAAUCAACGUCUCCGCUCGGACGCAUCACUAGGGAUCAAACUCAUGAGAGCUUAUGCUGCCUGCGGAGAACCAAGAAUCACACGCCACCUAUUCGAUAGAAUUCCUGAGAAGAAUGUCGUCUUCUUUAAUGUCAUGAUCAGGAGCUAUGUAAACAACAAUUUGUACCACGAUGCUCUUCUUGUUUACAAAACUAUGUCUCACAAUGGUUUUGACCCUGAUAAUUAUACAUACCCUUGUGUCCUAAAGGCAUGUUCUGGGUCAGAUAAUUUGUGGGUCGGGUUGCAAAUUCAUGGCGCUGUUGUGAAAGUUGGCCUUGACAUGAAUUUGUUUAUUGGAAAUGGUCUGAUUGCUAUGUAUGGAAAAUGCCGUUGUUUAGUGGAAGCUCGGAGUGUUCUUGAUCAGAUGCCUUGCAGAGAUGUGGUUUCUUGUAAUUCUAUGGUUGCUGGGUAUGCAUUAGAAGUUGGUAGGGAAAUGGAGGCAUUCAAGCUUAAACCAGAUGCUGGCACCAUGGCUAGCCUAUUCCCGGCUGUGACUAAUACUUCAGCUGACAAUGUUUUGUAUGUUAAGGAGACGUUUAUGAAAUUGGCUAAAAAGAGUUUGGUUUCGUGGAAUGUGAUGAUAGCAGUGUAUGUGAAUAAUUCAAUGCCUGGUGAAGCAGUUGAUCUUUUCUUACAGUUGGAGGUGAGUGGGAUAGAACCUGAUGCAGUCACAAUCGCCAGCGUUCUUCCUGCAUGUGGGGAUCUUUCAGCUCUGUUGUUAGGGAAGCGAAUUCAUGAAUAUGUUGAGAGAAAGAGACUUAGGCCAAAUUUGUUAUUGGAGAAUGCAUUGAUUGACAUGUAUGCGAAGUGUGGAUGUUUACAAGAUGCAAGAGAAGUGUUUGAUGCGAUGAAAUUUCAGGAUGUUGUAUCGUGGACUUCCAUGAUGUCUGCAUAUGGCAGGUGUGGACAAGGUCAUGAUGCUGUGGCACUUUUUCAGAAAAUGCAAGACUCAGGCGUGAGUCCUGAUUCAAUUGCAUUUGUAUCAGUUAUGGCGGCUUGCAGCCAUGCUGGAUUGUUAGAAGAGGGGCAGUAUUACUUUAAAUUGAUGACCGAGGAGUGCGGGAUAGAGCCUAGGAUAGAACACUGUGCUUGCAUGGUAGAUCUUUUAGGGCGUGCUGGGAGAGUGGAUGAGGCAUAUAGUUUUGUCAAACAGAUGUCUCUGGAGCCNAAUGAAGGGGUGUGGGGUGCUCUGCUUAGUGCUUGCCGGGUAUACUCUAACAUGAAUGUUGGACUUCUAGCUGCUGAUCGCCUUUUCGAAUUGGUUCCAGAGCAGUCAGGCUAUUAUGUCCUGUUAUCAAACAUUUAUGCAAAAGCUGGUAGAUGGCAAGAUGUCACAACUGUGCGAUCAAUAAUGAAGAGCAGAGGAAUCAAGAAAGUACCCGGUGUCAGCAAUGUUGAGCUCAAAGAUCAGGUUCACACUUUUCUUGCUGGUGACAGAUCACAUCCUGAGUCUAAAGAGAUAUAUGAAGAAUUAGAUGUUUUGGUAGGGAAAAUGAAGGAGUUAGGUUAUGUUCCUGAGACUGAUUCGGCUCUUCAUGAUGUCGAGGAGGAGGAGAAGGAAUGCCAUCUUGCAGUUCACAGUGAGAAGUUGGCAAUUGUCUUUGCCAUUCUGAAUACAGACCCCGGGACGGCUAUCAGAAUUACCAAGAAUCUUCGUGUUUGUGGAGAUUGCCAUAUUGCUAUUAAGCUCAUUUCUAAAAUAGCCAAACGGGAAAUUGUUGUCAGGGAUACUAAUCGGUUCCACCACUUCAAGGAUGGUAUAUGUUCUUGUGGAGAUUAUUGGUGACUUGUGAGCCUCCAACCACUAACAUCAAGAUUUUGCCCCACACUCGGUACUUCUUAAAGCAUUCAAGUUUCUGAUAGAAACUAAGGGAAGGACUGUGAAUGUUGACUGCAAUGGUAGAACAUUAUGUGAUUGUAGAGAACCCUUGCCGGCUGCAAUCGC